AUGUCGGGGGACUGGGAUGAAGACCACCUGUGUAAGAAGGCACUCACUCUGGUGGAGGAGUUGUGCUUACACUCCUCAGCGAAGGACAGCCAUGAAGCCAGCUGCCAAGACUUCGUCUACAUGAUGAGGGGACAGCAGCACGAAACAGAGAUCUCUGUCAGCCUGUUGUCGGUGAUUGUGACGUUCUGCGGGAUCGUCCUUCUCUCAGUCUCUCUCUUUGUCUCCUGGAAGCUCUGUUGGUUGCCAUGGCGAGACAAGGAGGGUGGGGGCCUGAGCUUGACAUCGGGGCUGAUGCCCGGGGGCGUGGGUGGGAUGGGCGGCAGUGGGGGGGCCUCCCUCCUACCUCCUGUCAUGCAGAGGAAGGCGUCCCACUCCUCACUCUACCCCUCCCUGGCACAGCCCCAGCAGCAUCACCCCCACUUCUCUGACCUGGUGGGGGUGGAGAGUGGCCAGGGGGUGGGGGGCGUGGUGGGAGGCCCGGAACAGACCCAGGAACACUCCUACCUGGACAUGGACUCCUACCCCAACAACGCUGGGAAUCUUAAAUUGAGCCAGACGUCUCCAGAGUUGCCCCCCACCACUGAGGGGGGAGCUGCCCCACCCCACAAAGACAUGCCCAACGCCCACUCCCAGCAGCAGGUCACUGCACGUGAAUUGAGUGUUAAUGUGUCUUUCUCUCUCCCCAGGCCCAAGCCCAUGACUCACCAGUUGUCCAGCCCUGAUUUCCAUGGUGAGGAGAAGAGCGAGCAGGUGACCAGCAUUGGCCAAAUCAAACCGGAACUCUACAGACUGCGUGGGGGCGACCAGGGGGAAGGGAAAACGGGGGACAAUUGCGGCAAGAUCAGCUUCCUCCUGCGCUACGCCUUCAAUACAGAGCAGCUAGUGGUAAAGAUCCUGAAGGCUGUAGACCUGGCUGCCAAGGACGCCAACGGCUUCUCAGACCCCUACGUCAAGAUCUACCUACUGCCAGACAGGAAGAAGAAGUUCCAGACCAAGGUCCACAGAAAGACCCUAAACCCUAUCUUCAACGAGACGUUCCAGUUCGGUGUCCCCCUGGCAGAGCUGCACUCCCGGAAGCUACACUUCUCUGUCUACGACUUUGACCGCUUCUCCAGACACGACCUGAUUGGCCAAGUGGUUGUGGACAACCUUCUGGACUUCAGCGAGGGCACAGGGGAAAAGCCUGUCUGGAGGGACAUCGUGGAGGGCACUGCGGAGAAGGCUGACCUGGGGGAGCUGAACUUCUCUCUGUGUUACCUGCCCACGGCAGGCCGGCUCACUGCCACCGUCAUCAAGGCCACCAACCUUAAAGCCAUGGACCUCACCGGCUUCUCAGACCCGUACGUGAAGGCUUCUCUGAUAUGUGACGGCCGCAGGCUAAAGAAGAGGAAGACAUCCAUUAAGAAGAAUACAUUGAACCCCACCUACAACGAGGCUCUAGUCUUUGACAUCCCUCAUGAGGACAUCGACAGGGUGUCCAUCAUCAUCGCUGUCAUGGACUAUGACUGUAUUGGUCAUAAUGAGGUCAUAGGAAUGUGUCGUGUGGGCAGUGACGCUGAGGGUCCUGGGAGGGAGCACUGGACUGCCAUGCUGGCCAACCCCCGCAAGCCCAUAGACCACUGGCACCAGCUCGUCGAGGAAAAACUUGUGGCCUCAUUUGUGUCAAAGAGUCCCGCAGCCUCUCCCAAGCCUCACAUCGUGGUGGACAGUCCUCACUCUGAGUAG